AUGGCCGUAAUGCAGCGAACCGUCACCGUAAUGGUGGCACUGCUGGUCACGCUGGCCAGCGGACACUCGGAUACGACCAGCGUCCAUCUGACGAAGGACAACUUCCAGACGGAGCUCGAUGGUAGCAGCUACUUCGUCAUGUUCUACGCACCGUGGUGCGACUAUUGCAAAAAGCUGGCCCCGGUUUGGGCCUCCCUGGCCGAGGCACGGAAUGGUGAACCGGACGGCCAGGUAAAGAUCGGCCGGGUCGACUGUACGACCGAUGGGGAUCUCUGCACGCAGCACGAUAUCACCGGCUACCCGAUGAUGAAGCUGUUCCGGAAGGGCGCAUCCGAUGGGGAAGGUGGCACCAAGUACCGUGGAGGGCGGGAUCUCGCCCUGUUCAAUGCGUUCCUGGACGAGCAGCUGUCGGUGACGGGUGACGGUGCGAAGGGCACGGAAGGGGAAGAUGGCUCCCAGGAGGAUGCCAUGCCGGACGCGCCGCCCGCACCUGUCUCGCCCCUCACCGAGCUAACGGAGGACACAUUCGCAAAGCACGUCUCUAGCGGGAAACAUUUUGUGAAAUUCUACGCACCGUGGUGCGGUCAUUGUACGAAGUUGGCCCCGACCUGGGAAGAGCUAGCCCGCAGCCUCGAGCAUGAGCGGGACAUUCGCGUGUCGAAGAUCGACUGCACACAGUACCGGCCUAUCUGUACGGACUUCGAGGUGAAGGGUUACCCAACGUUGCUUUGGAUCGAGGAUGGUAAAAAGAUUGAAAAGUACACCGGUCCCCGUACGCACGGCGAUCUCAAGCAGUACGUCGCCCGGAUGGCCGGCGGGCUGAAGGAAGACGACCAGGCGGAUAAGAAGGAGGGCACGCUGGAGGGUGGUGCCGAGCGGGACGACAAUCGGUCGGUGGUGGUGCAGCUGAGCGAGGGUGACUUUGCGCACGCGAUCGCCAAGGGCGUGACGGUGGUGAAGUUUUACGCACCGUGGUGCGGACACUGUAUGCGGCUCGCCCCGACCUGGGAGCAGCUGGCGGAGAAGCUGGCCGCCCGGGACGACGUGAAGAUUGCCAAGGUGGACUGUACGGUGGACGCGAAUAAGGAGCUGUGCGGCGAGCAGGAGGUGAACGGCUACCCGACCGUCUUUCUGUACCACGAGGGCGAAAAGGUGACCGAGUACUUUGGCCACCGGUCGCUCGACGAUCUGCACGAGUUCGUAAUGCAGCAUCUGCAGGAUAAUGGGCCACACGAUGAGCUGUAA